AUGGCACCCUCGGUGAUAUCAGAACCGGCGACUGAGCACUUCAGUGCAGGUACCUGCAAUAACGACAUAAAGGGUCGAAAUAAUAUACAUCUCGACCCGAACUACACCAUUCUCGAACAGCCCAUCGGCAGCCGCAGACCAAUCAGGGUAGUAUGCCUGGGUGCAGGAUACUCGGGGCUCAUGAUGGGUAUUGUCUUCAACGAGAGAAUGAAGGAUGCGAAUGCAGAAUUCGUGAUCUACGAGCGGAACGAGGAUUUGGGAGGGACAUGGUUUGAGAACCGGUAUCCUGGCUGUCAAUGCGAUAUUCCCGCCCAUAACUACUCGUAUAGCUUCGAGCCCAACCCGGGGUGGCCUAAUUACUAUGCCACCUCGGAGCAGAUCCACUGCUACAUGAAAGACGUCGCUAAGAAGUACGAGGUUGAGAAAUAUAUCAGGCUGCGGCACUCUGUUGAAUCGGCCAUUUGGAACGAAAUGAAAGGCAAAUGGGAGAUCCAGGUAAGGGAUGAAAACGGCGUUGUGCAAAAGGAUGAAUGCGACGUUUAUAUCAACGCUGGUGGAGUGCUGAACAACUGGAGGUGGCCGUCGAUUGAGGGCAUCGAAACGUUCCAGGGCAAGCUGAUGCAUUCAGCACGCUGGGAUACGUCUUAUGAUUUCGCCGGGAAGCGGGUUGCUUGUAUUGGGAUUGGAUCGUCUGGCAUUCAGAUUGUCCCCAAGCUUGCUAGUGGUAUUUUCCAGGUGGUGCAAAGUAUGGACUGCUACGUGCGUACGCAGACCUGGAUCAGUCCCGCCCCCGGGAUCAACGAGCCGACAGCGAAGGAUCCAGAAAUGGACGAGCAGUACAACUUCUCUGAUAACUCGCUUGAGCUGUUUAAAGACCCCGAAGUCCUCCGCCAAUAUCGUGCCGCUAUGAUGGACCGGCGAGCCCAGAACUAUAAUCGGGUUAUUGCUGACUCCCCGGGGCAACAACAGGCGCAAGAACUCUUCCGAAAGUCCAUGACUGAGCGGCUUGGGGAUAGUGAGAAGGGUAAAAAACUCGCCCAGCUGCUAGUGCCGUCCUUCCCUGUUGGCUGCCGUCGGCAGACCCCCGGGCCUGGCUUUCUUGAAGCUUUAAUACGAGAUAAUAUCGACAUGAGGUGGGAUGACAUUGACCGGAUCACGGAGCGAGGGAUCCAGACCCGAAGCGGAGUUGAAAUAGAGUAUGAUGUUAUCGUCUGCGCCACUGGCUUCGACACAUCGUUCAAACCUGCGGUCCGGGUUGAAGGCAGAAAUGGCGUGAACAUGGCGGAGAAGUGGACAAAUGACAUUCCCAAGGCAUAUCUGGGGAUGUGCGUGCCUGAUUUUCCAAAUUACUUUUGCUUUGUUGGACCUAAUUCCCCUUUGGCAAACGGCUCCCUUAUCCUCGGGAUACAGGCAGUCGCCGUUUAUAUUUAUAAGUGGCUAGAGAAAAUUCAGACAGAAGGCAUCCGCAGCUUUGAAGUUCAUGACGACGUUAACGAAGAAUAUAACCAGCACAUCCAAAAGUACCUUGAACGCACAGUAUGGACAGGAGGAUGUCGCAGCUGGUACAAGCGUGGGACAGUCGACGGACCGGUUGUUGCUAUCUAUGGGGGAUCCAUCUUUCACCUGUUAGAGGCAAUGAAGAACCCGCGCUGGGAAGACUUCAGAAUGGAACGAGCCCCGGAAGCCAGGAUCAACCGGUUUGCGUAUUUGGGAAAUGGUGCCACAGUGAGAGAGGCGAAAGGAUGCUCAGUUGGUGCCACGCAAACGACCAAUUUUGACGAGUUCUGGGAUCUCUUUGUGCUCCCACGUAUCCAUGACUAG